GGAACCUUGGCGUGAUGACGCUGGUUUCCGGCGGGAUUUUUAGAGUGACGAACGCUUUGGGCCAAGCGACCAUGAGAGGGCCAGAGCUCGGGCCCGAAACUAGCAUGGAGGGGGACGUUCUGGACACCCUGGAGGCGCUGGGGUAUAAGGGUCCACUGUUAGAGGAGCAGGCACUCUCCCAGGCAGCGGAAGGCGGGCUGUCUUCACCUGAGUUUUCAGAGCUCUGCAUUUGGUUAGGCUCCCAGAUCAAGUCCUUAUGCAACCUGGAAGAAAGCAUCACUUCAGCUGGGAGAGAUGACCUAGAGAGCUUCCAGCUUGAGAUAAGUGGUUUUUUAAAAGAGAUGGCCUGUCCAUAUUCCGUACUUGUAUCAGGAGAUAUUAAGGAGCGCCUCACGAAGAAGGAUGACUGCUUGAAACUUCUGUUGUUUUUAAGUACAGAACUUCAAGCUUUACAAAUACUACAGAAGAAAAAACAUAAAAAUUCUCAGUUAGAUAAAAAUAGUGAAGUUUGCCAGGAAGUUCAAGCUGUAUGUGAUGCCCUCGGGGUCCCCAAGUCCGACACUUCAGACAUUCCACUUCUGCUGAGCCAAGUGGAAUCAAAGGUGAAGGAUAUUCUCUCUAAAGUCCAGAAAAACCAUGUGGGAAAACCAUUGCUGAAGGUCGAUUUAAGUUCUGAACAGGCAGAAAAACUGGAAAGAAUUAAUGAUGCUCUUUCCUGCGAAUAUGAGUGCCGCCGGCGGAUGUUAAUGAAACGAUUGGAUGUGACAGUGCAGUCCUUUGGAUGGUCCGAUAGAGCAAAGGCAAAAACAGAUAACAUAGCAAGAAUCUACCAGCCCAAGCGUUAUGCUUUGUCACCCAAGACAACAGUCACCUUGGCACAUCUGCUUGCCGCCCGUGAAGAUCUGUCUAAGAUCAUUAGGACAAGCAGUGGCAUCAGCCGGGAGAAGACAGCAUGCGCCAUUAAUAAGGUGCUUAUGGGAAGGGUACCUGACAGGGGAGGACGGCCGAAUGAAAUUGAACCGCCACCCCCUGAAAUGCCCCCUUGGCAGAAGAGACAAGAAGGCGGAGGGAGGGGUGGUUGGGGUGGUUGA